AUGUAUUUCUGCUGGGAGGCUUCAAAGGAGGGAUAUAAGUUCUGUAGGAAGAUAAUUAGAUUAGAUGGUUACCAUUUAAAAAGUAAGUUUGGAGGUCAAUUGUUAACAGCUGUUGGGAUUGAUGGGAAUGACAGUAUCUUCCCACUGGCUUAUGCCAUUGUUGAAGGAGAAACCAAGGAUUCAUGGAGUUGGUUCUUGCAGUUGAUUAUGAGAGACCUAGAAAUCACAAGGGAAGCAGAACACAAACUGAUACUUAUCUCAGACAAACAGAAUGGGCUUCUUCCUGCUAUGGAAGAAGUGCUUCCAUAUGCCUCACACAGAUUUUGUGUGAGCCAUCUUCAUGGGAACAUGAAGCUUGCAGGAUUUCUAGGCAAAGCAAUGAAGGAUGCAUUAUGGACAGCAGCCAAGACCACUACAGUUAACAGCUGCAAUGAUGCUAUGGCAGAAAUCAGGAAGUUGGAUGAAGAGGCAUAUCAAUGGCUAGGUGAUAAACACGCUUCAGAAUGGUCAAGAUGCAAGGGAACAACCAAGAACGAGAUAACAGCAAGGUAG